CUCGCCCCUGCCACCCCGUCCACGCGGAGCCAAGCAGCCUAACCGCAGCGCACUGACUGUGUGGCCCGCCCGCCAACCCACCUACGCCCACGCCCGCGCCCACUUCGCAGCGCGAGCUCCGGCUUUCUUUGUGCACUUGCCGGGCUUACACCUCUCGACUUCUCUCGCCAGCGAGCAAUCCCCGUUCCUAGCACCCUCUCUCCCCUAGGCCGCGACAAUGGGUCUCUUCAGCAGAAAGAGCUCCAAGCCCGCAAUUGCUCCCGGCGGCACCCAGCCCAACAUGAGCAAUGGCUCGCUCAAGUCGCCUGCGCCCUCCACUGCAAAUGGAAAGUCGCGCAUGAGUUUCCCCGACGUGCCUCUGCCCCGGGCCCCCGACCCAACGCUGGACCCCGCCGCCUAUCUGCGCAGCAUCUACGCCGUCCGCGAGAGGACCCGCCUGGUCCUGGAGAAGGCGAGGAAGAACCAGCUGAAGCACUUCACGGUUGACAUGGGCAAAUUCCAGGACACGGCCACGUACGUGGUUGCAAUUAUCAAGCGCGAUUAUGCUCCCGACUACGCCUCCAUUCCCCCGCACGGCCGGUGGCAGCAUUUCGAUGUGGGUGGCCGACCACGUGUUGACCAGCUCAUGGCCUCGUGGCCCUCGACCGUCGAUAACCAGGAGCGAACGCGCCGCUUGAUUGACCUCUUCCUCGUCUCCGUGCUUUUGGACGCUGGCGCGGGGACAAAGUGGCAGUACCGCAGCAAGGAGUCUGGGAAGAUCUACCGUAGGAGUGAAGGACUGGCCGUAGCUAGUCUGGAGAUGUUCAAAGCGGGCAUCUUCAGCAGCAACCCCAAUGAGCCCUGCCAGGUCGAUAGCGCGGGGCUGAAAAAGCUCGACAUCAAUGUACUAGCGCGAGGGCUCCAGGUUACUGAAGCCAACGUGAUUGACGGAUUGGAAGGGCGCGCUGGUCUGCUUAUGCGACUGGGCGACGCAUUGCAGAACCAAGAGGUUUUUGGGCUCGAGGCGCGUCCCGGCAACAUGCUUGACUUCCUGCUCUCACACCCUUCAACGCAAGCCUCGUCUGUGCCAAUCAUCCCUCUUCCCACUCUCUGGAACCUUCUGAUGGACAGCCUGGCUCCGAUCUGGCCCGCAACCCGCACGCAGAUUGACGGCAUCUCGCUCGGUGAUGCAUGGCCGUGUUCAGUCAUGCCUUCGCACCCUACACAUCCCUGGGAAAACAUUGUGCCAUUCCACAAGCUCACCCAGUGGCUAGCUUACUCGCUCAUGGUUCCGAUGACCAAGUUGCUCAACGUGCACUUUGCCGGCGCCGAUCUCCUUACGGGCCUGCCAGAAUACCGGAAUGGUGGUCUCUUCAUCGACACCGGACUGUUGACAUUGAAACCAGAAGACGCGAAGCGGGGUCUGGCCCAGUACCAGCGAAACGCGCAGAACAAGGGACAGCCAAGCAUGGAAGUAGUGCCUCUCUUCACAGCAGACGACGAUGUCAUUGUGGAAUGGCGCGCUGUCACAGUCGGCUUGCUCGACGAGCUACUGGUGGAGGUGAACUCCCUACUGGGAUUGAGUGGCUCGAACAAGCUGAAUUUGGCCCAAAUGCUGGAAGCAGGCAGCUGGAAGGGCGGCCGCGAAAUUGCUGAAGUAUCGCGACCCAACACCAAGGAGCCACCGAUCAUGAUCCUAUCCGACGGCACUGUUUUCUAAGAUACCCUUGUCCCUUUCACUUUCCUUUCUCGUCGAGAUACCGAGUUACUUUUUCUUCUUUCCGAACCUUAUGAUUGUGCUGAGCGGCGGCACGUGAACGGUUCUGCA